GCGGGCCGGUGCAGCGGGAACCCCCGCUCGGCAACACCGGCCCGCUCGGCAACCGCCUCCCCCGCGGCGCGGCCGGGCCGGAUGGCGAAGCGAAGCCCCGAGGAGCCGGGGCCCAGCGCCGGGGCCCGCAGGAGGAGGAGGAGGAGGAGGAAGGUGGAACGCAGCCCCGGGGAAGCGGCGGCUGCCCCGAAAGGCCCCGCCAUGGCGGCAGCGCCGCCCCGCAGCCCCCAGGAGUUCUCCGCCAACUGGAAGGCGCUGCAGGAGCUACUGAAACAAAAGGCAAAUACCUCCAACGAGACCCUCUCUACCUGUCAAACAUCCACCAAAAAGAAGCAUCUGCUCCCAGCUGGAAAUGGCCGAGAGGUUCCAGCUAUCAAUGGGAAAGUGGGAAAGGCCCAACCCGCAAAUCAAACGGACAGUAGUUCUGCUAAAGAUGCUCCUCCUUUGGCUGGGCCAAAAUCCAAGAGAGGUGCAACAGACAAGGCUUUAAAUGGCACCAAAAGUGAUGGAAAAGGCUGCAAAGAAAAGAAGAAAGAUAGUAAUGUUUUAAAGGAGAAAGAUGAUAUAAAGCAUAAGAGGAGGAAAGCUGAAGAACAGGCAGAGCAGCAACCCAAAGAGCCCGAAAUCUGGUUUGAUGACGUUGAUCCAAAAGAUAUUGAAGCAGCAAUAGGACCUGAAGCAGCAAAAAUCGCUAGAAGAAAUCUGGAACUGGAAACCAAAUCCAAAGAGUCUGUGGAGAAGGUGCUGGUUAAAGAAACAGCUUCUGAAGGGCUGACGCGAGCCGUGGCCAUGGACUGCGAGAUGGUGGGAGUGGGGCCCAAGGGUGAAGAGAGCAUCGUGGCUCGUGUGUCCAUCGUGAACCAGUUUGGAAAGUGCGUUUAUGACAAGUAUGUCAAGCCUACAGAAGAGGUGACCGAUUACAGAACAGCUGUUAGUGGCAUUCGCCCCGAGAAUAUAAAUACAGGUGAAGAUUUUAAAACAGUUCAGAAGGAGGUCGCUGACAUCUUGAAGGGAAGGAUUUUAGUUGGACAUGCUUUACGCAAUGAUCUAAAGGUUCUAUUUCUUGAUCAUCCUAAGAAGAAAAUACGUGACACACAAAAAUACAAGCCUUUCAAACAGAGAGUCAAGUGUGCACGGCCAUCACUGAAACUGCUCUGCGAGAGACUGCUGAACAUUCAAGUGCAGACAGCGGAGCACUGCUCGAUUCAGGAUGCACAAGCAGCUAUGAGACUGUACACCUUGGAGAAAAAGACAUGGGAAGCUGCUGUUAAGAACAAAUCUAACAACAAAAAUAGUAAAAACUGAAUGAUUCUACACUGUGUUUCUAUCUGCAGCUUUUGCUGGUUUCACGUCACGUUCCAGGGCAAAUUUAGAGAGAACUCAGAACUGACAGCAGCUACUUCAUGAAAAUCAAAGGACAAUAGUUCCUGACAUGAUAACCAAGUGGCGCCAUCCCUGUGGUACCCACACCUAAUGCCUACUACUGCGUGUAAACAAUACCUGUAGUCCUGCCUCUGUCAAGUACUUCAUCAGUUCAAUUUCUGCAGAAAAUAUACACUGAAUACGUUUAUUUAAAAUGUGUUUCUAUUAGGAUAAAUGAAGGGAGAAACUCAUCACUUAGCUGAAAUUCACAAAACUAAAAUCUUUAUUUGAAAUAUUUUAAAGUCUACAAAGUAAGGCAAAUUCUUGAUGGCUGUUAGUCUCACAGUUGUGUACCUAAAUCAACAGAAUAUAUAGCUGGUUAUGUAUUAUUAAUGGCCUAAUAUUAAUCUUUCUGAUGAGAAAAAUAUUUUUAAAUAUUUCUGAAGGAUCCAAGCUUUUAUAUCUGAACCAGAAGGGCACAAGUCUUGUUCUUAUACAGAAAGUUUCUCUCUUAUUUCUGCAGUUUCAAAAGCGUUGCAUCCACAAGGGUUAUUAUCUCCUGGAGAGAAAUAGAAGAGUUGUAAAAUACAACAUUACCUUGUUGCUUCACUUAUUUUUACAUUCCUUUAUUAAUAAAAGCACUGUGUCUAACA